UGAGACAGGAAGCCGUGUUCGAGACCUGUAAACAGGGGAACUCGGAAAAAAACUCACCAUUAGAAAUUAUGGAAACUAAGUUUGACGAAUGUAGUUAUAUGAAUUAAAAGGGGAAUAGUGGCUAUGGACAACGCAAGCAGCACAAUAACCAACUUGUUGCAGUACCAUACUAACGAGCGAGAGUGAUUUCACAAUCAACUCAGUCACAGCGAGUGUCGUAUUUGAGAAGUUGCUCAUCAAACUUGCGCGGAUUAGCAGCAAGAUAACGUGAACAUGUGUUAAUGUAGCUGCGAGUGGAAAUAAAUCGCCUGAAUGAACUGAAGUAGGAGACAAACAGGAGGAAACACUGUGGAUACCGUUUCCUUUAUUUGGGGGGUUCAUUUUUAAAUUUCCCUCCCUUUUUAAGUCGGAGCGGAGGAGAAGGGAACCAGAGUACUUUGCAGCCCGGCAGCCUGAACUCAGGCCUCGGGGUCUCACGUCUGAGUUUUUGCCCUCUGGAAGGGAUACAAAGAAAAACACAAUUCUAGCAUUUUCUGAGGCGUAAGAGGACCGGGGAUCAUCAGGUGUAUUUUUCUUCGGGUUGAGUGUUUGUUGCCGUGUCUCAGUGGGAUUACAGCGGCAGAAUGGACUCGCAGUCCGGGAGCUCGGCAUCUGCCGGGGUGUCGAAGAGUGGAAAGGAUAAAAAAUCCAAGAAACAUCUAGAAGAUGGAGACGGGAAAAAGAAAUUCACCCUCAAGCGGCUGUUUCCGGACGAGCUGGAGCGCUUCACCAGCAUGCGGAUGAAGAAGGACAAGGAGAAGCCCCACGCCCCGAGCCAGCGCCACUCCUCAGCCGCCAUCUACGAGGUGCCGUCGCAGGCCGCCAUGAUGCACGACCACACGGACGAGUACGUGCUGGAGCUCUUCGAGCAGAUGCUGGUGGACAUGAACCUGAACGAGGAGAAACAGCAGCCGCUCCGAGAGAAAGACAUCGCCAUCAAGAGGGAGAUGGUGUCCCAGUACCUGCACACGUCUAAAGCAGGGCAGAAUCAGAGGGAGAGCUCCAAGUCUGCGGUGAUGUACAUUCAGGAGCUGAAGACAGAGCCCCGAGACGCACAGCUCCUGGGCUGUCUGGAGUCCCUGAGAGUGUCUCUCAACAACAACCCAGUCAGCUGGAUGCAGACGUUUGGGGGGGAGGGGCUCGCCCUGCUCCUGGAUUUCCUGAAGAAGCUUCAAGAUGAGAAAGACGACUUCUCGGGUCACGGGAUCGGGGUCAGGUGUCAGCACGAGAUCAUCCGCUGCCUCAAGGCCUUCAUGAACAACAAGUACGGGCUGAAGGCCAUGCUCAACUCCUCAGAGGGUAUCCCCUUAUUGGUCAGAGCCAUGGACCCCAGGCGACACCACAUGAUGGUGGACGCCGUCAGGCUCCUGUCGGCUAUCUCCAUCCUGGAGGACCCGGAAGACCUUCACGAGCGCGUGUUGGAGGCCUUGACGGUUCAAGGCGAGGAACAGGACAUCGAGCGUUUCCAGCCCCUGCUGUCCGGCAUGCGGAAACCCAACAUCGCCCUGAAGGCGGGCUGUAUGCAGCUCAUCAACGCCCUCAUCAGUCGAGGGGAGGAACUGGACUUCAGAAUCCACCUGCGCUCGGAGCUGAUGAGACUGGGCCUGAGAGAUCAGCUGACCGAGGUCCGCGAUAUCGAGAACGAAGAGCUGACGGUCCAGCUGAUGGUGUUCGACGAGCAGGCGGAGGAUGACUCCGAGGACCUGCGAAACAGGCUGGACGACGUGCGCAUCGAGAUGGACGAUGUGUCGGAGGUCUUCCAGAUCCUCAUGAACACGGUGAAAGACUCUAAAGCCGAGACGCACUUCCUGUCCCUCAUGCAACACCUUCUCCUCGUCCGCAACGACUACCUGGCCAGGCCUCAGUACUACAAGCUGAUUGACGAGUGUGUGAGUCAGAUCAUCCUGCACAAGAACGGCACCGACCCGGACUUCAAGUGCAAACACGUCAAAAUGGACUUCGAAGGGUUAAUCGACAACAUGGUGGACCAGACCAAGGUGGAGACGAGCGAAGCCAAGGCCGCGGAGCUGGAGAAGAAGCUGGACGCGGAGCUGACUACUCGUCACGAGCUGCAGGUGGAGAUGAGGAAGAUGGAGGGAGACUACGAGCAGAAGGUCCAGAAUCUGAGUUCGGAGAAGGAGGUGCUGGGGAAGGAGAAGGUGGAGAAGGAGAAGGAGGCCCAGCUCCUGCUCAAGGACAUCAAACGCUUCAAAGAACAGAUCGAUCAACUCAACAAAGACCUGGAGGAAGCUAAGACCAAGGUUGUCACUGUUCCCGUGCCCAUGCCCAUCCCACCACCCCUCUUGACUGGGCAGAAUGCCCCCACUGCCCCUCCUAUCCCAGGGCAGGCUGGGAUACCCCCACCGCCACCUCUCCCAGGGCAGGCUGGGAUACCCCCGCCCCCCCCAGCCCCUCCUCUCCCAGGGCAGGCUGGGAUACCCCCGCCCCCCCCACCGCCACCUCUCCCAGGGCAGGCUUUUAUUCCACCCCCACCUCCCUUACCCGGGAUGGCAGGUAUGCCUCCUCCACCUCCGCCCUUACCUGGGAUGGCAGGUAUGCCUCCUCCUCCUCCGCCCUUACCAGGGAUGCCAGGUAUGCCUCCUCCACCUCCGCCCUUACCUGGGAUGCCAGGUAUGCCUCCUCCACCUCCCCCCAUCCCGGGAGGCCCCGGCAUCCCGCCCCCGCCCCCUCCUGGUUUUGGGGGUUGGGCAGCACCUGUGGCCCCCACGCUUCCGUUUGGUCUGGCCCCCAAGAAGGAGUACAAGCCUGAGGUGCAGCUGAAGAGGGCCAACUGGUCCAAGAUCGGACCAGAGGACCUUUCGGAGAACAGCUUCUGGGUCUCGACCAAGGAGGAUCGUUACGAGAGCAAUGAGCUCUUUGCCAAGCUCACCCUGGCCUUCUCCUCUCAGACCAAGAGUGAGUGCCACCCCUGA